UUUCUGCAGGUGAUACAUCCGAAAGGGAUUUCUAGAGAUCGUAUGCUAUGAAAUGAUAGUCAUUUUAUAAAUGUACUUUAAAGAAAGAAUAAUAAAAUAUUUUCUAAAAGUUUCCCGACAAAAUCUUUUGAAAAUUUCUAGUGUUUUCGUGUUUAAAUGUUGGAGGAAUGAAACCAACCAUGUUUUGCAUUUGGCCAGGUUUUAUUUCUCGCUAUGCCCGCCAAGUCAGCAAUCCGUUGGAGAACUUGAACCAUUACUUCCACAAGAACUAUAAGCGUUCCUUCGGAUUGUCGGAUAGUCCCGCGGGAAACUCGGAUCAGACGUUCCAGUCCCCCCAAACAGCCCAGGAGCCGUACCUCGUCACCGUAGUGCAGGGCAGAUCGAAGAAGCCCAGUUCCCUGCGGGAAAGAGCGAACCGAAGAUUCGGGGAGGACAGCUGGUUUGUGAGCUCCACGCCCCGGGCAGAGGUGCUGGGCGUGGCCGAUGGCGUGGGCGGGUGGCGGGACAUGGGCGUCGACGCGGGACGCUUCGCCAAGGAGCUGAUGGGCUGCUGCUGUGGGCACGCCGAGCAGGUGGACUUUGACGCGCGCAAUCCACGAGCUCUACUAGUCUCUAGCUACCAGGAUUUGAAGGACCGCGAAGAUCCUGUGGUUGGCAGUAGCACCGCCUGCGUGGUGGCUAUGCACCGAAAGGACCUGACCUUGUACACGGCCAACUUGGGCGAUAGUGGCUUCUUGGUGCUUAGAAACGGGCGGGUAUUGCAUCGCUCCCAGGAGCAGACGCAUGAUUUCAAUACACCCUUUCAGUUAACUGUGGCUCCGAGUCACAAGCGGGACUCUUUCCACUGCGAUCGACCGGAAAUGGCAGCCGUCUCGCGACACUCCCUGGCUCCGGGCGACCUGGUGCUCCUGGCCACCGACGGGCUCUUCGACAACAUGCCAGAGAGUAUGCUUCUGGAGAUGCUUAGAAAGUUUCAUGGUGUGCGGGACGAGCGGGAGCUGCAGGAAGGCGCCACCCAGGUGGUGGAGAGGGCUCGGGAACUGUCCAUGAACGCCAGUUUCCAAUCCCCGUUCGCCCUCAAGGCGAGGGCCAAUAAUAUAUUCUAUUCUGGUGGCGGCAAGCCAGAUGAUAUUACCCUGAUAUUGGCCAGUGUUGAGGUGCCGAAAGUUCAACGUUAAACAAUUAAAUCUCGGGUGUUGCCGGUAAAUAUUUUUGUAUGUCUAUCUGGGAUGUCAAGCGAUAAAAACGCCUAAUAUAUGUAUUAAAUAUCUGGUUCUGAAGUA